AAAAACACAAUUUUCUUUUCCUUUUCUUUCACAGUAUUUAACAUUAAAUCACAUCAUUUCACAAUUCAGAAGUUAAAAGCUUAGCUUUUUCACACUAUACUUUUCUUUACUUCACUCUACACUUCUCCUUUUCCAACCCCUUUUGCUCUAACUUUGAAGAAAUGACUAAAGAUGAAGACUUUAAGCUGCUCAAGAUUCAGACAUGUGUGCUCAGAGUAAACAUACAUUGUGAUGGAUGCAAGCAGAAAGUGAAGAAGCUCCUUCAAAGAAUUGAAGGUGUUUACCAAGUAAACAUAGACUCUGAGCAGCAAAAAGUGACUGUUUCUGGUAGUGUUGACACUGGAACUUUGAUUAAAAAAUUGGUUAAGGCUGGUAAGCAUGCCGAGCUUUGGUCGCAGAAUAAUGCUAAUCAGAAUCUGAAACAAAAUCCCAACUGUAUCAAAGAUAACAGCAAGAACAACAAAAAUCAAAAGCAGCAAGGCGACGGUGUUAUCAAGAAUCAGCAGAAGUUCAAUCUUGUGCCUGAGGAAGUUGAUUAUCUCGACGAGGACUAUGAUGAGGAUGAAGACGUUGGUUAUGCUGAGGAAGAGAUGCGGCUUAUGAGAGAUGGAGCAAGACAACAAAUGGCUCUUCUAAGACAGCAAGCAGAAGCAAAGAAAGCUAUGGCAGCUGCUAUGGCUAAUGGUAAAGUAAACAACAACAAUGUUGCUGCCAAUGACAAGAAAACGGGGCCGAUUCCGAAUAUGACAAUGAAGCCAAAUCCCGGAGGUGGUGGUGGCAUCGACCCGAGAACAAUGGCUGCUUUGAAAAUGAACAUGAAUAAUGCUGCUGGUGGUCAACUAGGUGGAAAUGUGAAUCUUGCUGAGGCAGCAAAAAUGGGAAUGGUUGGAGGAAAUGACAUAAACGCAAUGAUGAAUCUUGCUGGUUUUCACGGGAACAACAACGGUACUACUACUACUAAUACCAACAACAACGUUGCUGCAUUCUUGAACGCUGCUGGAGGGGGUGGAGGUGGGUUUCAAGUUCAUCCAAACAACGGUAUACCGGGAUCUUUAGCCACCGGUGGUCAUCAUCAUCCAUCUGCUUCAAUGCUUAUGAACGUGAACAACGGCGGCCAACAACAACAGCAGCAGUACAAUCCAUCACCAAUGCUAACGAAUUUUCAAAACAGGCAUGCUAUGCAACAACCACCACCUCAGAUGAUGUACAAUAGGUCUCCUUUCGUUCCUCCAUCCACCGGUUAUUACUACAACAAUAGUAAUAACAACUACGGCCAAGUCCCUUACACCACCACCUACGCCGAUCCUUAUUACUACACUUCUCCGGCCGCUGCUGAUCAAUCUGCUACUGCUAAUGCUCAUAUGUUCAGUGAUGAGAAUCCUAGCAGUUGUUCCAUUAUGUAAGGUUUUAGAGUGUAUUUUGUAAUGUGGGAAUUGAAGUAAUGGUCUUGAGGAUGAGGAGUAUUUUAGGUCCUCAAUCUUUUUUCUGUUUUAACAUCAGAAUAUAUAUGAUGUUUAAUUUGUAUUUUCUUGCUUCUGCUACAAUUCUACUUUGUUGUAUAAUUCUCUUUAUUUAGGACUACUUUGUAUUAUUACUAUUAUUAAGAUAGUGAAAGUGUAUGUUUUAUGGUGUUAA